GGUUGCGCUUCUCUUCCACUUGGGGGCGCUUGACUCCUUGAAGGUGAGUUCACUAUCUUCGCAGCGGGGUGUGAAAUCCAGUUCAGCUCCUGAACCCCACAAUUGUUCAACAGCCUUUUGGUGCCUGACCGGUUUCCGAAGACAGAAUCUGGCCGACUAGGACAUUUUCUUUCGGCACUCACAUGACAGAGGCAACAGCAUUGUGUUUGGUUUAAGCAGGCGAGCUCGUCAAACCCAGGCCACGGGCAAGUAUGAAGCCUGAACACAGAACAAUAGCCACAAGACAGUGGACCAGGAUGCCGUGUCCUAACACACGAGGUCUACAGCCAAGAAGAAGAGGAUGUCUCUUAGGAGGAUGAGCACACCAUCCUUCCAGAAGCGGAGGAGGAGGCCUUCUCCCCAGGCCCUGGGGAAUAUUGUGGGCUGCAGAAUUUCUCACGGAUGGAAGGAAGGUGAUGAGCCCGUCACCCAAUGGAAGGCCAUCAUUCUAGAUCAACUGCCAAUAAAUCCCUCUCUCUAUCUGGACAAGUAUGAUGGAAUUGAGUGUGUCUACAGACUGGAACUUCACAGCGAUGAGAGGAUUUUAAAGCUUAAGGUCUUGACUCCCAAAGUAGUGUUUCCUCAAGUGAAAGACACCCAUCUCACAAGGGUCAUGGUUGGCCGAGCUGUGGAGCAUAAAUUUGAGGGCAAACAUGGCUCUAAGGACAACUGGAGGGGGGUGGUCCUAGCCCAGGUGCCGAUCAUGAAGGGCAGGUUUUACAUCACCUACGAGAAAGAUCCAGUCCUAUACAUCUACCAGCUCCUGGAUGAUUACACAGAAGGUAACCUCCGUAUCAUCCCAGAGACUCCUCCAGCAGAGGUGAAGUCAGACAUUGACAGCGACAUCUUAACAGGUCAUUGUGUGCAGUUCACCAGAAGCGACGGGUCCAAACAGAUCGGCAAAGUCAUUUACAAAGUUCUAGCCAAGCCUUCCAUGUACUUCAUUAAGUUUGAUGUUGACGUCCACAUCUACAUUUAUAAUCUGGUAGAAAACAUCCGUUAAGGUGAAAUUCACAAAGUGUGGGGGAUGUAGAUGGGUAAUUUAUAGGAUUGGGGGGAAAAUGUUUGUUUUUCUGUGUCAGAUACUCAAGGGCCUUUGACAACCCCAGUAUCUUUUCCAGUGGAAUUUGUUUUUGCUCUAAAAAUUAAAAUGUGCGACGUGACGUGUUGUGUGUGAACACUUUGGUGGAGGAGACGGACUGUGGUGGAUGGACAAUCGAGAGGAAGCCGGAAAAGUGAAGGCUGUAAACAGUAAGUCUAAUGUCACAUAGACUAAAACAAACAGGACUGAGCUGGUCUGGACUUUAGGGAGAGAAAAGAACUGGAGAUGAGGCUUAGAGGAGCAGGGAUGGCACGGGGGGAAAAAAGAUGGAUGUUUAGGAACAGUGGAGAGGGGCCAGACAUAGAUAGAGUCUCUGAGGUGAAG